GAGGCGGCCGCAGGAGGGAGCCGGCGCUCGAGGGCGUGCUCAGCAAAUACACCAACCUCCUCCAGGGCUGGCAGAACAGGUACUACAUUCACAUGGAUCAGAAUCCGAAAGGGUACUUUGUGCUGGAUUUUGAGGCUGGCAUCCUGCAGUAUUUUGUGAAUGAGCAAAGCAAGCACCAGAAGCCUCGAGGAGCCCUGUCCUUAUCUGGAGCCAUAGUGUCCCUGAGCGACGAAGCUCCCCACAUGCUGGUCGUGUACUCUGCUAACGGAGAGAUGUAUAAACUGAGAGCUGCUGAUGCAAAAGAGAAACAGUUUUGGGUGACUCAGCUUCGAGCUUGUGCCAAAUACCACAUGGAAACGAAUUCUAAGACUACUCCAAGCUCCCGAAGCCGAAGUCUCACUUUGCUCCCCCAUGGAACACCCUGUUCUGCGUCUCCCUGUAGCCAGAGACACCUCAGCGCGGGGGCCCCCGGUGUUGUCACAAUCACGCAUCACAAGUCGCCUGCAGCUGCCCGAAGAACCAAGAGUCAGUAUUCCGGCCAGCUUCAUGAAGUCAGAGAGAUGAUGAACCAGGUGGAAGGACAGCAGAAGAACCUUGUGCACGCCAUUGAGUCUCUGCCAGGUUCUGGCCCCCUCACUGCCUUGGACCAGGAUCUGCUGCUCCUGAAAGCUACCUCUGCUGCUACCCUCAGCUGCCUCGGGGAGUGCCUCAGCUUGUUACAGCAGAGUGUGCACCAGGUGGGCCAGCCCAGCCACAAGCCAGGGGCCUCAGAAAACAUCCUGGGAUGGCAUGGGCCCAAGUCACACUCCACAGAGCAGCUGAAAAAUGGGACGUUUGGCUCUUUGCCAUCAGCCAGUGCCAACAUAACCUGGGCCAUUUUACCAAACUCUGCUGAGGAUGACCAAACCUUACAGCCAGAGCCAGAGCCAAACUCAGGCCCUGACUUGGUUUUGUCCGAAGAUGAAAAAAGCGACACCGAAGACAAGGAAGAGACAGAAUUGGGCGUCAUGGAGGAUCAGCGCAGUGUGAUUCUUCAUCUCAUUUCACAGCUCAAACUUGGAAUGGAUUUGACCAAGGUGGUGCUUCCCACGUUUAUUCUGGAGAAGCGAUCUUUGCUGGAGAUGUAUGCAGACUUUAUGGCACACCCAGACCUGCUGCUGGCCAUCACUGCGGGAGCCACACCAGAGGAGAGAGUCAUUUGCUUCGUGGAGUAUUAUCUCACAGCUUUCCAUGAGGGCCGCAAGGGGGCCUUGGCCAAGAAGCCCUACAACCCCAUCAUUGGCGAGACGUUUCACUGCUCCUGGGAAGUUCCCAAGGACAGUGUCAAGCCAAAGAGGACUGCUCCCCACUCUCCUCACAGCCAUAAUCACGAUCACCCUUCAGAAAGCUACAAACUAAGGUUUGUGGCUGAGCAAGUGUCCCAUCACCCACCUAUCUCCUGCUUCUACUGUGAGUGCAAGGAGAAGAGACUGUGCGUCAACACUCACGUAUGGACCAAAAGCAAGUUCAUGGGCAUGUCCGUGGGGGUCUCUAUGAUAGGAGAAGGUGUGCUGAGGCUCCUGGAACAUGGGGAAGAGUACGUGUUCACCCUGCCUAGUGCCUACGCUCGCUCGAUUCUCACCAUCCCCUGGGUGGAGCUUGGAGGAAAAGUGAGCAUCAGCUGUGCCAAGACUGGAUACUCGGCAACAGUUAUAUUCCACACGAAGCCUUUCUACGGAGGGAAAGUCCACAGGGUCACUGCAGAAGUGAAGCACAACCCAACCAACACCAUUGUUUGUAAAGCCCACGGAGAGUGGAACGGCACCUUAGAAUUCACCUACAACAACGGAGAAACCAAAGUCAUCGACACGACCACGUUGCCUGUGUGCCCCAAGAAGAUCAGACCGCUGGAGAAGCAGGGGCCCAUGGAGUCCAGGAACCUCUGGCGGGAGGUGACCCAGUACCUGCGGCUGGGGGACAUCGAUGCUGCCACCGAGCAGAAGCGGCGCCUGGAAGAGAAGCAGCGGGUGGAAGAACGGAAGCGGGAGAACCUCCGCACCCCAUGGCAACCCAAGUAUUUUAUCCAGGAGGGUGAUGGCUGGGUAUACUUCAAUCCCCUGUGGAAGGCACACUGAUGGGGUGGAGGUGCAGAGCCUUCAGAAAGAGCCCUGUUUUUGUAGGAAUUAAAGUGGUACAGUAUCAAGAUUCUGCUGGUAUUCACUGAGACCUCUUGUUAUCAUUCAGGAAAUGGCACCCGAUGGAGAAAUUAUAUACUGUGAAAAAUGCACCCCCAAACUCUACUAUAGGAUUGAACUUAUUCAAAGAGCCAUUUGGGGCAUGUGCGUGUACACAGGUCAGUGUGAACUCCACUAUAUGUUCACACACAUGCAUUAUAUACACGUCUGCUGGAUAUUAUUACACAUGUAAAUAUUGCACUUACCAAGAUUUAAGUGGGUAAUUAUGAGCUCCUUUUUAUCAAUGAGGUUUGACGUUUUCUAUUUUUCACUCUGCCAAAAACGUUUUGCACUCACAAAGGUAUUCUCAUGUAGUCAACUCCUGUCAAAACAAAGGUGAGUUGGCAUCGUCUAGUUGAUGUCCAUCUGGUAGAAAGUGGCCCAUUCCUGGUAGUAAUGUUGGUGGCUGUCAUUUCAAAAUUAUCGUGGUGAUUCCCACUUUAGCAUUUUUUUUGUCCAUACUCAAGAAAGGUAAACUGCUAUUUCCUGCUGGAAGCUAUUAAAGGUUUAUGCCAGAGCUUUCCAGAAUGGAACACCUCUGGGAGAACGUAGAGCUAGGCCUACCUUGGAAUUUUCCUCCCAUCUACUUGUCCCUACAGCCUUUCUGACAAUUUCUCAUGCUCACAGCACGUCAUACAUUUUUCAGAAGCUGCCGCUUUUACAGUAGAAAACAAGUCAUAUGGAGACUUCACUACUUUUAUGAUAAAAAAAAAAAGGGCUUUAGGAAUUAAGUUACAGGCAUGCAUAUACAAACAUGCACAACCACAGCCUCAAUCUUUUCAGUUUGGGAAAAGAGAAAAGAAUUUCCUGUGAACUUUUUAGUGCACCUCUAUUGUUUGACCCAAACUCUGCAAAAAAGAAGAAAAAGAAAAAAAAAAAACAACAACCCAAUGUGAUUAAAACAUCCAUAGAGUCUGCACAAAUGUGUCCCAUGGUUUCAGUUGAAUUUCAAUCCUUAGCCUUUACAAAUGAGGUCAAGACAUGACUAGAAUAUAAAGCAAGGGGAAAAUGAUGUAUUUGAUUUUUGCUCAAUGCGUAAUUUAUUGUUUACUGUGCUACUCUGGGAAUAUUCAUACAAUCCAGUAGCAUGAAUGCUUCUCUGUAGUAAUACUAAUUUUGUGCCUUUUGUCUGCUUUCUUAAGACCAAUUGUUCACACUUUGUAGAUAUUAGACAAAUAUAUUUCGAUUAAAUACUAUACAUA